AUGUCAAUUGUAUCUUUGUUAGGUAUUAAAGUAUUAAAUAAUCCUGCCAAAUUCUCAGAUUCAUACGAAUUUGAAAUCACAUUCGAAUGUUUAGAGCCAUUGAAGAAUGAUCUAGAAUGGAAAUUGACUUACGUAGGUUCAUCUCGUUCUUUAGAACACGAUCAAGAAUUGGAUUCCAUCCUAGUAGGACCCGUACCGGUUGGGGUAAAUAAGUUUAUUUUUUCAGCAGAUCCACCUUCUGCAGAAUUGAUCCCUGCGAGUGAAUUGGUCAGUGUCACAGUGAUACUUCUGAGUUGUUCAUAUGAUGGUAGAGAAUUUGUUAGAGUUGGAUAUUAUGUGAAUAAUGAAUACGAUUCUGAAGAUUUGCGAGAGAAUCCUCCAGCAAAGGUUCAAGUGGAUCAUAUUGUAAGAAAUAUUUUAGCGGAGAAACCUAGAGUUACGAGGUUUAAUAUCGUUUGGGAUAAUGAAAAUGAAGGUGAUUUUUAUCCACCAGAACAACCUGAGGUGGAAGAGGAAGAGGAGGAUGAAGAGGAUGAUGACGAUGAUGAAGAGGAAGAGGAGGAUCAAGAUAAGGACAACGAUAAUGAUGAGGAAGAAGCUGUUGUAGAAGACAAUGACAAUGCAAGUGCAGCAAAUGCUGACAACCAAGAUGAAGAUGAGGGUGAUGAAGGUGAAGAUAUAGGAAACAGUGAUGACGAAGACGACGAUGAAGAUGACGAUGAAGAUGAAAAUCCAAAGAAAAAACGUAAAACUGAUGAAUCAGCUAAUAUCACUAAUAAAGAAGUGGCAAAGACUGAAGAUGAAACUCCAGGGACACCAAAGGAUAAUGAGGCUUGA